AUGUGUCCUCAGGUGUGGUUGAGAUUUGAGAAAUUGAAGAAAGACGGUACGGUGAUGAAGUUAAGAAUACAAGACCUGCCGCCGGGACGGAGGGAAGAAGCUGCUGAUCUCAUGGUGAGGUACUUCGCGAGAGAUGAACCUUUUCGAAAAGCAGCAGGUUUCUCAAAGAAUCCAGAAGCUCUAGAAGAAUAUAAAGAAUAUGUAACUAAAACAUUACAAGAUCCUGCUACUCGUACCGUUAUGUGUUGUGCCGAUACUGAUGAUGAUGAUGAAACGCCGGACAUAAUGGGUAUUUCGUCUAUAGCCGUAGAAACAAAAUGGGAUUGGGAUACGAUUGAUAGUCAUAGAACGGAAGAGAGCACAAAGUUAAACGAAAUGUGUAAAGAAGUACUUGCAAAUUCAGGGUUUAACCUAUUGAAAAAGUUGAACCUUACGUCGUAUUAUGCUGAUAAAUCAUUGCUAGUAUUACCAGAGUACAGAGGAUACGGUAUAUCACAGCAAUUUUUAACGGUCAGACGGAUUAUGUGUUCUGUAGACGGCAUACCUAUAACGGGAGCGUGGAUGUCAGCUCGCGGCACUCAGAUCUCCGCUGAGAGGGAUGGUUGGGAGACCCACUUCGAACACAAGUUCAAGGAUUUAUCACAGAAAUAUGGCUAUACCUUCGAAGAUGUUCCUCCCACUGAGAAGUUCAUGGCAGCUGGGCCCCAUCCGGAUUACUGUGCUACUAAGUCUCUCUCACAUCAGACGUAA